AUGGAGGACGUUUGCAGCGACCUAGACAAACUCACCGUUGCAUUUUUCGACAAUCUCGAGCUUCUUCGCGAGAAGCGGGAACAUCUUAAUGGCGCAAUAAGAGACGGACAUUUAAACCUGUCAAAGGCACGUUAUUCAAUGGGAAAUAAGUCCGUGGGCACCUUACAGUACAGCCACAAAAUGGACUGCGCUCUGUAUCAUGUUAGAGAUGAUUUUCCAGAUGAACAACCCGUAGAAUCUUCUGUUGCGUUUGAACUGCUUAAAACUUCGCCCGGUAGACAUAUUGAAAAACCUGAGAGUGUAUCUGAUGAUAUAGCUGAAACGAAAAGCUUUAUAAGGAGACGAAAACCCGAAAAGAGGGACAGCCCUGGAAAGGAUGAAGAUCUAGAAACAUCAGCUAUCGAAGAAUUUAGUCUCUCGAGACCGAAAGAAACACCAGUAGCUAGUUCACGCAAUAGUUGUGUACAAGAUCCAAUCAAAUGGUUUGGAAUUUUGGUUCCUGGAUGCUUGAAAGCGGGUCAAAGAGAUUUUCAAAGGGCCAUUGAACUGAGCUGUGAGGUGGUUAACCUGGAAGCAAAAGCAAGAGAAAUAAUCGGCAAGUUCGAAGUUUUGAAAGUACGAAAGUUAGAACUUCAGUUGGAGGAAGAUAAAAAGCGUCCAGGAAUUGAAGCCUAA